CUUCCACAAAUCAGUCACAAAAAAAUGAUGACAAAAAUAUUAAUACUGAUUUUAGCAUUAAACACAGUUCAAGUGCUAGGAACAUGCGAUUCAACAGAGUGUGCAUCAGUUCCAAUUCAUUAUCAAGAUCUUGGUUGCAAGCCAAUAUUAAAAGAUGGUGAAUGUUGCCCAAGCAGCUUCGAUUGUACACAUUUAGAUGCACAGGAUGAGUCAAAGUGUCAUCUUAGGGGAACUGUUUUUGAUCAAGGUGACAAAGUUGAUCGAAGUCAGUUGCGAUCUGCUUGCAUUGGAGCAGCAGUCUGUAGCUUGGGAGGGAAAUUCAUUUAUGCUCAUCUAGAUUGUGCUGAAUAUUUUGGAGGAAUAUUAAAGCCUGGAUGUGUUCGACAAUAUUCAAAUGAUAAAUGUUGUUCAGUUGGAUCUGUUUGUGGUGACGAAGCAUUAAAAUUAGCAACUUGUGAUUUUGAGGGAAAAACCUAUAAAGAAGGACAACGAAUGUAUCCAGCUAAUAAUAACUGCUUUAAAUGUCUAUGUACAAAUGACUUUCAGAACAAACCGGUCGAACAGAACAAAGAUUGUGUACGAAACGAAUGCAACUUGGAAUUAUUAGCAAUAGACAAUAUCAGAAAUAAAUGUGCGCCUGUAUAUCAUCCAGACUCAUGCUGUCCCAAUAAUUGGGCGUGUCCAAAAAACGAUGACUCAAUCAUUCCUGGAAAUAAUCCGAAAGGCAACACAAGUCCAAAGUGUAAAUUUGGAAGUUUAGAGCUUAAUAUUGGCGAUGUUCUGUCUACAAAAGAGAAAAAUUGCUUCAAAUGUUCAUGCAAUGUUCCGCCAAUGCUUGACUGUAAUUUUACACCUGAUUGCUAAUUCUUUGUUGAUUCUGUUGCUUAUUCCGAUGAGUAACUUAUUUGGAUUAUAUAACUUUACUCACGUUGGUGGAUCUUCUUGGAUUUUUGAUUAUUUUCAUUGCUAAUUAAAUGAGUUUAUUGUUUCUGGUUGUUUGGGUUAAUUAGAGCU